UCGUCGCAUGGAAUACUGGGAAACAAACACAGUGGUCGGGAUAAAGCUCGGCGUAAACAUCGAUUACUGACGCUUGCUGAAGACUUUGCAGGACAAGAAAACAACUCCUUCGUCUGAAGUAACGAGCGCGUUUCCGCAGUUUUUCAUUGUUAUGACUAUUUACGACGAGCGAUGUGACGUUUUAAACCGUACGAGCGGCUGGAGCCCGAAUGAUAACGUAACCGCAGUGGUCUGUGGUUAUCCCUGGAGUCUGGAAAGUUAAACGUGUCUGUGAUCUAUAAACUAGACGCGAUAAAUCUGAACACGUCUGAAAAUCUCUCGCAGGGGUCUGGUCGACAGGGAUGUCUGGGGGGGAUGUUAUUCCCGAUGUCAUCAAGGCGGUGAUUGGACGGUGGGAGAUCAUGGCAUUCGUGAGCGACCAGCAGCUGACACGCUUGGAUUUUAAGUCCUUAAAAUGGUCCGAUUUCGCAUCGGUUCUUCCGAGAUAAAUUGACUAUUUCAACUCCUUUUCCUCUUGCGUAUUUGUUGCUUGUCGGUUUUCCCCACGCCUUUAUCUAAGUGAUCAUCGCUUCCAGGCAACGUGGAAAGUCAAGGGUCAUUAUAUCGGACUAGUAGUCCAGUCGGUCAUAUGAAGGUAUAAUAAACAUGUGGAGCUCAGGGCCAGUGCACGGUUUACUGAAAGCCCUAAAGCACACGGCUGGUAAAGGUCAAAUCCAGCUGAGCCGCUGGGUGCAUCGAACCCCGGAGUCGCUGGACUGCGACAAGAUUGACAUCUUGAUCUGCAACGUCUUUGAUGAGAGAGCAAACGGUGGGAAGUCAGAGUCGGACCCCGAGAGCUUGACCGACGCCGGUGUGUCCUUCACCCCCGAAUUCAGAUAUCCGUGUUGUAUAACCACCUGUUGCUGUAAAAGCGCCCUGCUGGCCUGCAUCCUGACAGCUGUGUGCUUCUCAUCGGUGGCACUGGCGCGCCAGUACCUGAAGGACGCGUUAUUAUGGGUGGAAAGUUUGGACAGCCUUGUUGGAGCCAUGCUCUUUAUAGUGGGAUUGAUCACGGUGUCUUUUCCCUGCGGUUGGGGUUAUAUCGUGUUGAACGUCGCCGCGGGGUAUUUGUAUGGGUUCGUGUUGGGAAUGGGUCUGGUGAUGGUUGGGGUUUUGAUCGGGACUUUCAUAGCUCAUGUGGUGUGUAAAAGAUUACUGACGAAUUGGGUUUUGAGUAAGAUCGGCAGCAGUGAACAGCUCAGUGCUGUUAUUCGGGUCGUGGAGGGUGGAAGUGGACUCAAAGUUGUGGCCUUAGCGAGACUCACGCCGAUUCCCUUCGGUCUCCAGAACGCGGUCUUCUCGGUAAGUGUUAUGACUUCGAUUUUACUUCUUGAAAAUGUGAUAUGCAUAACAUGUGUUCAUUUAUGGAAAUGGGGAUUGCUUUCUUGAAAUUUUGUAAAAGUAUUUGUAAAAUAUAUCUCUUUUAUACAUUUAUUUCUUACUAUAUUUCUGUGUGUUUUAUUCGUUUUUAUUACUUUUAUUUUAGUGUCAGUCGAUUAAAACUUUAAUCUAGUUAAUUGCGCGAUGUGGCGAGUAAUCGAAUUAUUCACAAUUAAUCGCGUAACAUUUGUAUUAUUUUUUCAAACAUAGGACACCCACCUAGACUACAAUGACAUGUUUUCUUU